AUGGCUUCCUCAAGAGCAAGCACUCACAUGAAGGAGAAGACCACUCCAACUCACAUCGGUCCCGAAGACCCUCGCCGGCAGCGAACCACCAAAACGUCGGUCCCCAGUUCGCCGGAGCGAGACACAGCGCCACAACAGAGCAGACCUUUAAACCGUUCCAGCAGCGACGGGGCUAAAAGCACACCCCCACAGCAAACAUCCAGCGCCAGCGCUAAAUCGCGGCUGACCGCGUCGGCGAGAAAACCGGGGGAGAAGCCUCCGUCUCCUUCCCGUCAACCUUUGAAAUCUUCUCCGGCGACGAGCGGCGCCGUGAGAGAAAAGACAGCGAAGCCAUCCGCCUCCGCUGCUUCUCGGCCCGCAACAAAGCCAGGGAUCUCAUCGGAUAAAGCAACAAAGACUCUGAAAACCGGCGUUAAGGGACGGAGUAGUCCGUCCAGAGGAGCCGUCGCAUCCCGGAGGCCAAAGGAGUCGAGUUUGUCGGCCGACGAUGCCGCUCGGAUUACAACAAAGAGCGUGGAACCGGUCGUUACAGAAAAUACGGUUGUUACAGAAAAUAACAAUCAAACCGAGGAGCAGGACUCUGUUUCCAUUGCUUCGAUGGAUAUCGACUUCCUCGACGAGCACCACUACGACGACAUCUGCGACGAAAACCCCAUGGAAGUGGAAGAAGCCAUCAAAGAGAUCGACGAUGACCACAUCGAAGAAAAAGAUCAAGUCUCGGAGUGUGAAGAGCAUCACGAGUCGCCUAUACACGAUCCUGAUGGAAUUUGCUAUCCCCACGGAAGCAGAGUGAGCGAGAGCGACAACGAGGAGCUCUCCGACGAGCCACCUGCUGAAGCAGAGGAGAGUCAUAAGUCUCCGAUGGCAGAACCAAGCAAAGAAUUCAACAUCCAUGAGAAAAUAGAAGACGUCGCAGAUGAAACUAGUCUGAAUAACUCGCCGGCGGCAGAGCCAAGUACUGAGAAGAUAGAAGUUGAAACAAAGAAGUUUACUGCUCCGGCGGCGCCCUUUAGCAAGCCAGCACCUGUGCAGGAGAAGAAGAAGGAGGCGCCGGUGAGCAACGAGGUAAUCGAGGAGACUAGGAGCAAGCUACUGGAGAAGAAGAAGAGCAAGGUGAGUGCUUUAGUCGGAGCGUUUGAGACGGUCAUCUCGUUGCAGGAUGACGAAGGUCAACCAGGUCAAAGCCAAAAGUCCAUCUAA